AUGACCAAGGAGACCGAGCCUAAGGAGGUGCAUGCUGCUAAGGAAUUGAAGGAAGAAAAGGCUCAAGAAAGGGGUGGAAGCACAUUGUUUCAUGCCCCAUUGGUGGCACAGGAGCAUGAAGUACCACACCCUCAUAAGCUUCAAGAGGAGACCAAAGAUGAGCAGUUCGCUCAGUUCUUGGAAAUCUUUAAAAAGUUGCACAUCAAUAUUCCUUUUGCUGAGGUAUUAGAGAAGAUGCCUCCCUAUAUGGCCCUCAUGAAAAGCCUACUCUCUGAGAAGAAGAACUUGAAGGGAGAUAAAACUGUGGUAUUGACCAAGGAGUGCAGUGCACUAAUUCAGAGGAAGCUACCCAAAAAGAUGCCUGAUCCAAAGAGCUGCCUGAUUCCUUGUAUCAUUGGGAAUAUUACUUUUAAGAAAGCAUUAUGUGAUCUUGGUUCAAGCAUAAAUCUGAUGCCACUGUCUGUAAUGAAGAAGCUGAGAAUCCAAGAAGCACAGGCAACAAGGAUAACCCUACAAACGGCUGACAAGUCUCUGAGGCAGGCAUAUGGGCUAGUGGAGAACGUACUGGUCAAGGUUGGAGAACUAUUCCUCUCUGCAGAUUACGUGAUACUUGACAUAAGAGAGGCUACAGAUGACUCCAUCAUUCUAGGAAGGCCAUUCCUAGCCACUGGAAGAGUUCUAAUUGACGUAGAGUGGGGUGAAUUGGUGUUGAGGUGUGCUUUGUCCACCAAGGAAGGAGACCCCAAGAAGAAGUUACCCAAAGGCUGGAGGAACAAGAAGGUUCCAACUGAAGACUUCUCACCUGGGAUGAGAGUAGUAUUCACUAGAAGUCCAGUCAUACCACACACUGUGAAUAGGAUCCUGUCUCUGGAACAUGUUGAGCUAAUUCAUGAGAGCACAGGACAGAAAUUCAAAAUGAGGGGUGAAGAUCUGAGCCCCUAUGACCCUCCUCCUUAG